AAACCGAAAAAGAAGCGGAUUCGGCGAUCGGAGACGUCAUCAACGGCAUUUCAACGUCGGAAGAAGGCAGAGGUAGCGGCGUUGCGGAGCGAAGUGCAAAUGCUAGAGACCCACCUGUGUCGUCUGAAGAAACAGGAGGAAGCGGCGCGGCGAAACGUGCUGGACGGCGACAGUAAGGCGUUCACUUGGGCGACGAAAGCUGCGACGGAAUAUUUCAGUCGCACGCAAGCAGAGAAGCUAAACCGCAAGCUGAAAGCUCUAUGGGAGGGCCAGCGCGACGUGAGCGAAAGUCUCCGAGCUGUA